AUGCGGUGUCUACUACUUUUCGCUGCGUUUUUCGUUGUCUUCGAGGCCGGUGAGCUUAUUAUCCGUCAUGAACCCGUCUCAAAUUAUCACUUUUUCAGUUCCACUAUCACCUCGCGAACAACUCGUCCAAACCUUCUUUGACACGAACAAACAAGCGAUCAAGAGCUCGAAAAAUGACCGUAAUCCUUCAAUUUAUACCCACCGUACUCAUUUUUCCAUUUUGUUUUCAGCCACUCUUUCAAAAGCCCUUGCUGCGUCGGUCAACUUGAGCCUCACGACGAUAGCUCCAGCGUCUGCGCUAGCCGAUGACACUGCCGAAAGUGUUGUGCUGAUGGGUACCGUAGUACAAAAAAGGCCCCAAAAAAUUGAGGAGAAAGUUUAAAAGGGUUCAGAUUCGACGACAACUUGCGAUUCGGGUUGGACAAAGUCGAGUGUGAACGGACUGUGCUAUAUGGUACUUUUAUGCGUUUCCUGAUACAGAAAGUGUGCUCAGGAAGUGUGUGUUCAGGUCGGAAGUACGGAUGGGACGACGUGGUACGACGCAGAAGACUGGUGCUUCAACCAGAGGGACGGAUCGCAUCUGACAUCGGUUCACAGUCAGGCGGAAGCCAAGUGGAUUGCAGGUACUUUCAGUUUCUAUUUCUAAACACUCGACCUUUCUCAGCCACCUACGCCACAAAAGGACUCUUUCCUUGGAUGGACAAUUGGGUGGGACUGCGACGAAAAGUAUGUUGAACUUGUUUGACGUCACAUAACAUCUAUUCUGAUUCCAGUGCGACAACUCCACUUACAUCUGGACCGACGGUACUCCCGUCGACUUCCUUUGGUGGCAAACCGGCUAUCCGGGAUCGGACAACCCUGAACAGAGCUGUGUGACCAUUUGGGAGACGACUUUGCUCAAAUUGAACCCCUCCUACGUGCCCGGACAGUUUGACGACAUUUGGGAUUGUGGCAGCGAUUUGGCAACACCCACGUGUCGAUACGAUCCGGCGUCUAGUACGUUUGUUGAGCGGUGUCUAGCAAAACGUUUGAUUUUUGUUCAGCUGCUCCUCAUGUCAAGUACGAUACGAGUUAUACUUGUUCUCAAACUUCAACCGCUGAGACUACCACAACUUCAACAACUACAACAACUACUACAACUCCUACAACUACUACAACUCCUACAACUACUACAACUCCUACAACUCCAGCAACUACAACAACUCCAACAACUACUACAACUCCUGCAACUACUACAACUCCAGCAACUACUACAACUACAACUACUACAACUCCUACAACUACUACAACUCCAACAACUACUACAACUCCAACAACUACUACAACUCCUACAACUCCAACAACUGCUACAACUCCUACAACAACUACAACUCCUACAACAACUACAACUCCAACAACUUCUACUACAACUCCUGCAACUCCUGCAACUCCAACAACUCCAACAACUCCAACAACUACAACAACAACAAAACCCACGUCGGUCUCAUCGUCACCAUCAGUUAGUUGCACUUCACAGUGUGAUCCGUUGUGGGUCUCCUACAAUGGAGGGUGUUAUGGCGUGAGUUCUCUUCAAACCAAUUGACAAUAUUUCAAAAAAUGUUUGCAGUUGGUGAAAGGAGCAUCGAAUUGGUAUACUGCUGUGAACACGUGUCAAAGUUUCGCAGCGACCAUUGCCACUAUUUCUAGUACGGAAAUGAACGAGGCGAUGAGAUGUGAGUGAGGUUUUCAAAGUGUUGAACAGAAAAUCGAUUUCAGUGGCGUUCAGCACCAACACCGACACGACGAUCGACAAUAACGCGUGGAUCGGCGUGUCCGCCUACUCGAAUUGGGCGACCGGCAAACCGAAUCAAGCUCAGGGCACCAACUACACGUAUUGCAAUGUGGUACCUGACCUCCUCCUCCUAUUCAACUCUCUUUUUCUCGUUUGCAGAUGACGCUGUCAGUUGUGGAUAGUGGUGCCGAUUGGGGAUUCGAGCGAGGCGUUUGGAUCGACUAUCCAUGUACAAUGCCUCAAGAAUAUGUGCUUUGCGAACAGAAUUGA